AUUAGUGGGUAAACGUUUCAGUCGACAUUAGCCUCCUAGCUUGCUAGCGGUACCAUCGGUGGUACGUGGCGUCCGGUAGCUUUAGCCGGGAGAGGACUUUCUGCUCCCGGUGGACCAGGACGGGUGAAAUACGGCAUCCGAAAGUUCUGAAACUUAGUCUGUGUGUCCUGUUGUCUUGUGCUAACAAGCUAGCUAGCCGACUAGCUACGUCCUGACAGAGACUGCCUGACGUCGCCGAAGGGAUGAAGAGUGGAGCCGUUUUCUGGAAGACUCUAAAGAAGUCACAGGAGUUAGUGAAGCAGUAACCCCAAAGCUGCCACCACUGACUGAAGCCGACUGGUGCUAACCUGCUGAUUGGACGUCUCUGAAUGUAAUGUUGCGUUACUGGAAGCAGCCUUUUCAGCUUUGAAGGUCGUCAGGUUUAAAACACAACAUGUAGACGAGGGGCCUGGCAUGUAGAUACUAAAAUAAGCACAUUUAUGAAGUGAACUGAACGUGAUGUGAGUGGGGGCGGGUUUCCCCUGGUGUCUGUUGAAACACACCCACAGGUGUGUCUGGGGCCUCAGACCUUGUGAACAAGAAUUUCAACUUUACAACUGAACGAGCAGUUCCUGCACAUUGUUCCCUGGAGCUCAUAAAGCUGCUCUGGAAACUUGAGGAGGAGGUGCUGAGACCUGGCUGGCUGCUGACUGAUCACUGAGGAAGCAUGGCGGCUGUGGUGGGCAGAGCGUGGGGCUGGGUGCGCUCAUUUGGAAGCAGCACCACGUCAGAGAGUUCUGCAACUUUGAAAUCUGAAGGCCACAAACAGCAUGGCUGUGAUGACCGGGGCCUCAGGGGAUGGACCUCUUGGAUUUGGGGAGGGUGGAGACAUCGAAGUGACCAAAGUAGUCCAGUGGAGGAGUACUGGGAGGCACAGGAGAAGUUUCCAGCCAUGGAAAUUGAAGAUCUUGGAGCAGGGAAACAGGGAACUGAGGGAAAUUUACAGGCUUCCAGGUGGUGGAACAGAUACAUACCCUCUUACUUUUGGCCCAGAACAACAGAGUUAAGUGGACUCCGACGAAGGAAGCGUGAUGGUCGGGGUGGAGAGGCGGGGAACCGUGAUGUUGACGGGGACUUUUCUGACUACGGAACUCCUCCUCCAUCACCUACACCUUCCUCUCCUCUGACGUCUCCUUUUCGACUGUUUGCGCACAGCUGGAAGGUGGAAGUCUCACCAGAGCAUUACGAGAUUUGUUUCAACUUUCUUCGCCACCUGUUUGACCUUUUCGUCGUUGGUUUCCUGUGGACGGUGUCUCCUCCUACCAAGGUGAUCCUGGAGGUGUUGGGCAUCCAGGGAGCGCUGAGGCUGUGGUUUCAUGGCAUGGCCAUGUUUUUUGUCUCUACCGUUGGAAUGGCAGGAUUACUCUGGUUGAUCCAGGAGUAUCUUCCACAGUUUGCUUUGUUGUACGGCAUCAUACAGGCCAUAGUGAUCUCUGUCAGCGUUCGACAGAGCGUGAUCCUCGGCGGGGAGGAAGAAAACGAAGAAAAGGAAGAGGAGGUGAAGGAGACAGAAGUUCUGAGGGACAGUCGGGAACUCAGAGAAAAAUCUCUGUCUGGUAAAGACAAGUUGAAGACAAAUUAAACCUGAGGUAGUGAGAAGUUACCGUCAAUCCAAGAGUCCAUCACGGUGUGGAGCAGCAUCAUACCCCUCCAGCAUCACAACAGUGGGCCUACACUGACAGACUUUCACUGCAGCCUGAAUUCAGCAGUGGGACUCGUAUUGCACAUUUAUUACACAUUCACUAAAGUUGUACUUGUCUCACUUUAUGUUCAGCACCAUAGAUAUGCAUCUUACGGAUAUUUGUGUUCAAUUGAUCUGAAUGUUGUCACUGAAUGUUGACAGCUACAGCCAUACGACGCUCCGCAUUGGACUUAAUGUUAUCAGAGGUAGAGAUAACAGGGGCUGUGAACGUUCAAGAACAGCCUGUUAGUUUAAGUAAUGCUUUUAUUUACACUUUAUUUCUUGCUCUGUGGUACUACUUUUCUCCUGAUUGCUUGAGACGGUCACUAGUUCUCAUACCACAUGUGCGUUUUUUGUGAGAAGUGAUUAUCACGUGUGAUCAAACCACCACGGUAACAAACACUAGAACUGUCUGGUUUAGAGAAAACACUGUAGGGCAAUGGAUGAAGCAGCAUUUGAGGACAGAUGGGCUCACCGUGUGCAUUUAUAGGCAAACAUUAGUACAACAACAAUACCACGAUGCCCCUGAAACCCAGGUCACCAGAGGAGGAGGUACUGACUAAAUGAAAGCCUUACUGACUAGUACACCACAGCAAACAUCUGGUUUGAGCUUCAGUCAUACUAUCUGUGGUUGCUCCUCAUUCAGGACACUUAAGAGCAAAUUACAUUUGUAGGUCCUCGUUAAACUCAUUGCGUAUCACGUGGUUACAGUCUGGAACAAACACACACUUUUAGGAACACGUAUAUCAUGGCAGUCUUAAGCUUCCGGUGACUUCUAGAACCUUAAACUUUCAAAUCCAUGCAUCUGUGUUGGAAAAAAAAGCAAUCCUGCAUUUUGGUUAUUACAUAAGUUUGUCAAAGGUUUUCUGGAAAUAUGACAGAGUCUGCUGACACAGCAAUGCUAAUAUUAGGUUAAACAGCCGACGACCAUUUUAGGCGUCAUAAGUGGCCAUCGACAAGCUCCUGGUUCUAUUUGACCGCUGCACUUGACAGAAUUGGUUCAGUUAAACUAAAUUAGUCGCCCUUCUGACACAGUGAAGAGGUUUCAGUCAGGGCUUUGGGGAGGUCAAUCUAAAACCUUAAUUCCAGUCUAAUUCAGCUGUUUCUUUUAUGUGUGUUUGGUCCUUCCUAAUUAUUCCAUUUACUUUAUGUAAAGCACCCAGAGCAUGAUACUACCACCUCCAUGCUUGAUGGUAGGUAUAGGUGCUCUUGGGGUUAAGGGCCUCACCUUCUCUUCUGCAAACAUAUUUCUGGUUAUUGUGGCCAAACAGCUCAGUUUGUGUUCCAUCAGACCAGAACUUUCUUCCAGAAGGCCUUCGUCCAUGUGGUCAGCAGCAGACUUGAGCCCAGCCUUCAGGUGCUGCUUCUGGAGAAGGUCUUGGACACUGACACCUGUGGUCCAGCAGCUUCUCAUUCACUGCAGACCUGCUUUUUGACUCUAGGCUGACUCUUGACCAAGUGGUUUGGGGAUCUGUAGCUGCUUUUAGAUGGUUCUGAUUGGCUUGGUUCUGAUUCCUGACCCGUUGAAGUCAAUGAUUUGCUUUUUCAGAUCUUUGCUGAGCUCCUCCAACUUUCCCACCGUAGUCCGAUGAGACUGCCGUUACAUAUGUGGUCUUUAUGGGUGUAUGUACACUUUUGUUCACAACUUUAUAUCCAGUUGGGGUGCAGUUUUAACUAAACUGAAUCUGAGUCUGUUUUCAGCUUUGACCUGAGUUUACACAGUCGGCUGCUUAAAACUCAACGUCGUGAAGGCAGCGCUGUGUAAUCACUAGACCAUUAAUGUUACGCUCCCAGAGAACAGGCUGCUACGUCAUUAUCGUACAGCAGCGACUGAAUCAGCGGAGGUAGAGAGCCAUCGCUGCUCAUCUAGAGGCGUAGACACCAAUCAGUCGAGUACCUACACAUUACAACGUGUACUGUGGUAAAGCCAUAAGAGCUUCUAAACCAGACAUGGAACUCAGAUGUUGAAGUUAAACGUUUAUUAGUGCUCGGUUCUGUUUUAUUAGCCGAAGUGGCUUCACCUGAGACGGUUGCUGCUUGUUCUUGUCAUCAUUAUGCUCGUUAAACUUCUCUGUACUUUAGAUAUUUUCACAUUUUGAGACCCGGGUGAGCCGUGGGGCAACGAGUCCUGAAAAUCUUACCACAUUAACGCGGUUCUGUCGUCGUUUCUCGUGGUGGGAGGUGUGUGCUUAGAAAUGUUGAAUAUGAACUCAUGAUACCAGCAGCACACUUAAACAUUUUCUUUUUUAACACUUUUCUGCCUUAAUAUCAUUUCUGUGCCAUAACACUAUUGUUUUGAACGUUACAGGGAACAUAGGUCACCUUCCUCCUCCACAGGGGUUUUAUUUGUAUGAUGUAUUUGUAUUUUCUUGUAAUAAAAUCGAUUUAAAUGUAUGAAAAUGAAAAGGGAAAAACAAACAUGUAAUUUGUGCACAACAGCAUGUUUUCCAGUCAACACUCCUGCUGUAUGUAACCUGACUGGCCUUGACAGGGGUUUAGAGUUUGCUUACCUGUAUUACAUCCUGUAGGCUGACAACAUGGAAAUGUAGUUCACUUAAAUGUCUGCUCAGAAUGUACGACAGAAGAAAUCAUAAAAAGGCCAAAUACGAACUCAUUUUCAAGUCUGCUCCUGAAACUUCAUUUUCAGGGUUCGAGCUUUUUCUUAAAGAUGUUUUCACUUGAAAGCACUGCUGUGUUUUAAAUAUUAAGAUUUAUUAGUGAGUUAGUUUUACUUUCAUUGUCAGAGCCAUAGACUUCAUGGAGAGCCUGUUGCUUCUUGUAUUGCACCAUAUCUAACCCACGAACAGCCACUAUUUCUACUGCUCUGUUGCUUCUCAGUUAUUGCUUGCUUAUGUGGGACUUUUACUGCAGUGAGAUUAACACUAAGGAUCCCUUGUAAGGAGAAAUAUUUUUAUAUGAGCAGCCACAUGCUGGAUUACUGGAGGAAGGACCUCACUGAUGGUGUAAGUUUAACCAGGAUGAAGAACAAGAGGGAAGCUCCUGCUGUGACUUAUUACUGUACAAGCCAGCGCUGUGCUGAGGUUGGAUGUUCCCAACGGGUAAUUAAAGUGGUUGCUCUUUUAUUAAA